AUGGUCUUAUCCCAAGAUGAAGUUGUCGCCCUUGCGGCAGGGGCCUCCACAGGUAUCAUAUCAGACAUUAUUCUUUUUCCGCUUGACUUUCUGAAGACACAUGCACAGGUCAAUGCUCCAGCGUCUCCGUCAGUAGCACCGCCAGCGACCCCACCGCCUGCAGGCGCAGCAUUAUCGGGUCCCUUGUUGUUUUCACGAGACUCUGCUGAAACAGUAAGAAGCAUAUCUAGAGAUACUGUGGGGUCUGGUGCUCGUAGCGCCUUAACUGGACAAAAUGCUGUUUCCAGUGCAGCCGCUCCAGCUGCUACAUGGAAGACCCCAUGUGGUGUGGAGUCAAAGGGAAGGCCGACAAGGAUCGGUGCGUGCUACAGCGGCAUCGCAGCCCUAGCCAUGGGCAGUAUGCCGUCAUCCGCCGUCUUUUUUGUUGCAUACGAGAUGGCGAAGGAGAAGCUAAAGCGAUUAAACACAGACUCGUCACUAGCGUCGACUCACAUCCUGGCUGCGUCUAUAGCUGAAACAAGCGCCUGCGUCAUUCGCAACCCGUUCGAGGUAGUGAAGCAGCAGGUACAGCUAAGGCUACAUGAGACCACUGCCGAGGGAUUCUCAGCAGUAUGGCGACUUGAAGGGCCUCGGGGCUUCUUUGUGGGGAUGGGAACGUCCAUGCUUAGAGAUGUGCCUUUUGCGGCGCUGCAGCUUUCGCUGUGGGAGUGGAUGAAGGUUAAGGCCCUGGGGCAGGACCCGCCCUCUACGGGUUUUACAGCAACGAUAUCUGGAGCUGCUGGAAUGGUCGCGGGGGCUGUGGCGGCUGUAGUGACCACGCCAAUGGAUGUCGCGAAAACGCGGCUGAUGACCCAAGCUCCAGGGACACGCCAAGUGCGUUAA